AUGAAGCCCCUGACCAAAGAUUGGCGAGUCACAGCCUACGCCCUAAAUUACUCCUCCAAACUAGAAGUCAACAAGGAGGGCAACAAGGUCCGUCGCAAAGACCCAAUACCAGAGUCCCUCUUGGUUCAGGUGCCCAGCAGACUUCUGUUUAUGUGGAACAUCUCUGCUGAGCUGACGUCGAGUGGUAAUGGUGGUGAUGAAGACGUCCCUGCACCCCAGAGGAGCACUAUGGAAAUGGCCAUCACUCUCCUGGAGCCCUUUGGAAGCAUCUGCACAGUGAGGGUGUUCCGGCCGGGGAAGGAGCUCCCACAGGAAGUCCAGAGGUUCGCCAACAGGUACCCUGAGCUGUGCUCCCAGGAAAGUGUUCUGGUAGAGUAUGAGGACUUGGAAGGCGCAGGUAGAGCCUACCACCAGCUGUCCCAGUCCGAGGACUUUGUGAGAGUCGUCCUGAUCGGGAUGACAUCGAAAAAGAAAGCAGGGCAUAAGUUGGGAGGCUGCGUUGAGAACAGAGGUGCCGGUAAAGGUGUAUCAAUCACCAACCGCUGCUUGGAGCAGCUCCAGUUCCAAGGGGAAGACUCUUCUGCGUGGAGUUCGUCCAGCGAAUCCGAGAUGGCCUCUCCGAUGCACAUGCCUAGGUUCUCCUCAGGCCAGUUAUGCAGGAGCCCCUGGGACAGCCCUCGCUCUAGCCCCUACCACAGCCCCAGGGUCCUCCGGGCACCUCUGCCCACCCUUCCGCGGGUCUCUCCGCUCCUGGCCUCCGAGAUGUGGAGGAGCCCCGACACCAGCCCGGAUCUCAGUCGACGUAACUACGAGAACCCGGCCGAUAGCAGCAGUCUCUGGUUCCAGAGGCGUAAACUGGCUGCGGUGCAAACCUCCUCCCUGGAUGACAGCAGCAGCAGUAAGCAGGGUCGUCUGGGUAUUAAGAGGGUCCUAAUGGGUGAUUCCCUGCCCCCCGGGGUCAUCCGGUUCCCCUACGGGCCAGAUGGGACAAGAGGAUUUCCCAGCUCCUUCGUAGGAAGAACACUUCAGUAUACCCUCAAGACAUGA